ACACUGGAAAAGGCAGUGGGAAAAGGUUUGCCCGCGUGUGGUUCCGGUGUUGUCCGUGUUUCGUGGAUUUUCUCGCAAACCUAAAUCCCUAAAUCUAAGUCAAUAGGAAACCUUGUGCGUCCGCUGUAAUGUGCUCGCCAUGUCGUCAAUGACAUUUGGGCAAAAAACCUUCUCACCAAAGCCACCGGACAAAGGAAGCUUUCCCCUCGAUCACGCAGGUGACUGCAAGCAAGGCGUCCUGAAGUACCUCCUCUGCCUGAAAGAGCACGACAACGACGCCGAAUCCUGUCGGCAUUUGGCCCAGGACUACCUCAAGUGUCGCAUGGACAAUCAGCUGAUGGCCAAGGAAGAAUGGUCCAAACUCGGCUUCCAAGAGCCCACAUCGAACUAAAGGAGCCAAGAUGGCAGAAGAUCGUGAGGAUGUCCCCAGCGAGGUCCCUCAGCACGCCGACCUCGAGGAGAAGACUGAGAAAGAGUUGUCUUUCCGCGAUGCCAUGGCCAUCGCGGAUGCAAAGAUUCAUGCACUGAUCAGCAACGACCCUCUCCUGAGCAACCUGCAUCCGGAGGUGACCGUGGAAGAGCUGAGGUCGUACCUGGCGCUCGAGCACGGCCAAGCCAUGUCGCUCAGGGUGCUGAGGGCGGACGGCGAUCCCUACACGGUCGUGGUCGAGCAGAAGGCCACGGUCCUCGACCUCAAGAAAGCGCUGCAGAGGCACGCCACCCUCCGCAUGGCAAGAAAAGGUGUGAAGAGAGUGGUGAGCUGGAGGUACAUUUGGAGAACCUACUGGCUGUCCUUCGAAAGUCAACCCCUGAAUCAGGACAGGACGCUGCUGCGAGACGCCGGGAUCCGUAACAACAGCGAGCUGUGCUUCAUCAAACGACGCCGGGAAAGAUAGGCACCGCCGGAGGACAGGAGUGUGCCUCUGUCGUGGUACAAAGUGUGUCGCAGCGUGCAUUUCGGGCUGUGCCACCGAAUCAGAGAGGACACUUUUAGAGUUCCUAUUUGCCCGUUUGCUCGGAAAAAAAAAAA